ACCUAUACUGUUUUCUCAUUUCCUUGAAAUAAGAUCCCGUAUACUUAACUGACGCGAAUAAUCUACAGCGCGAGGGCGACGCGAGAGAGUAACCUGCAGCAAUCAUGUCGCAAGGAACCUACCGCCAUCGCUCCAAGUACCCGUAGAGAGAAAACAGUAGUGCCGCAAAGCAUAUAAGUAGCUGCGAUCUGCAAGCGAGACAGCGAGAAAGCGACAUAGGCCGCGCGAACUGAACUGUGAUAUCUCUCUCGUGUUCAGGGCCCGCUGCUGGCUAGCACGCCAAUAAACAGUGACGAUACUGCAAUUCAGCGAAGACUUGGAGAGUGCGAAAGUCCGCGCGGAGGAGAGAGAAGAAGCUGUUAUAUAGGAUACGUCGCCAGAGAUUCUCUGAGAUACACACAUUCCCGCAAUUGGUGAAGAUAGCUCCAGCUAAGAAGUUGUUGGGCAUCGCACCAGGACCUGCUUCCUAGUGCUGCUGUCAAUGAGCGAACUGUGGAUAAAGCUACUCAUUGCCUAGCGGCAGGAAAAUAGUAUACACCGAGUCAACAGCAAACCGUCAAGAUGAAGAGUGCUUUGCCUAAAAAGGAGAGCAAGAUGCGCAUCAGGGCAUUUCCUACAUCCAUGGAUGAGAGAUACGUAGAAAACAUAUGGGCCCUUUUGAAAAAUGCCAUCCAAGAAAUUCAAAAGAAAAAUAACUCCAGCCUUAGUUUUGAAGAACUCUACCGGAAUGCAUACACAAUGGUUCUCCACAAGUAUGGGGAGAGGCUGUACACAGGAUUGAAGGAAGUCAUUACACAGCAUUUAGUGAUGAAAGUACGCAAUGAUGUCCUUGAGUCUCUCUACAACAAUUUUUUACAAACCUUAAAUCAAGCAUGGAAUGAUCAUCAAACUUCUAUGGUGAUGAUUAGAGAUAUCCUCAUGUACAUGGAUAGAGUUUAUGUUCAGCAAAAUAAUGUGGACAAUGUAUUUGAUUUGGGACUAAUAAUAUUUCGUGAUCAGGUUGUUAGAUAUGGAUGUAUAAGAGAUCAUUUACGUGACACUCUACUAUCAAUGAUAGCUCGCGAAAGAAACGGUGAUAUUGUUGACCGCAUUGCGAUAAAAAAUGCAUGUCAAAUGUUAAUGCUACUAGGUAUAAAAAAUCGACAAGUGUACGAAGAAGACUUCGAACGGCCUUUUUUACAACAAAGCGUAGAGUUUUACAAGAUGGAAUCUCAGAAAUUCUUAGAAGAAAAUAGUGCAUCUGUAUACAUAAAACAAGUUGAAGCCAGAAUCACUGAAGAAUCAGAAAGGGCAAAGCACUAUUUGGAUGAAUCUACAGAACCUCGGAUAGUUGAAGUUGUUGAAGAGGAGUUGAUUAAGAAAAAUAUGAAAACAAUAGUCGAAAUGGAAAACAGUGGAGUUGUGCACAUGCUUCAAAACUUGAAGACUCAGGAUCUUGGGUGCAUGUACAAAUUAUUCUCUCGAGUUUCUGAUGGUCUAGAUACUGUUUGUGGCUGUGUAUCGCAGUAUUUAAGAGAACGAGGACGCGCAUUAGUUCAAGAAGAACAAGAAUCUAGUACUAAUGCAGUUCAAUUUGUGCAAAAUUUGUUGGACUUGAAAGACCGUUUUGAACACUUCCUCCAUAUUUCGUUCAACAAUGACAAACAAUUUAAGCAAAUGAUUGCGUCAGACUUUGAAUACUUUUUGAAUUUAAACACAAAAAGUCCUGAAUACCUUUCUUUGUUCAUUGAUGACAAGUUAAAGAAAGGUCUUAAAGGCAUGACAGAGCAAGAAAUUGAAGGCAUUUUGGACAAAACAAUGGUCUUGUUUAGAUUCCUUCAGGAGAAAGAUGUGUUCGAACGUUAUUAUAAACAACACUUAGCCAAGCGACUUUUGCUGAAUAAAUCUGUGUCUGAUGAUAGUGAGAAGAACAUGAUAUCAAAAUUGAAGACUGAGUGUGGCUGCCAGUUUACAUCGAAAUUAGAAGGCAUGUUCAAAGACAUCACUGUCAGUAAUACGAUAAUGGAAGAGUUUAAGGAACAUACGCUAGCUAAUGGAAUGACGUUGAGUGGUGUGGAUUUGAGUGUACGUGUUUUAACAACUGGGUUUUGGCCCACUCAAGCUGCAACUCCCAAGUGCAGUAUGCCUUCGGCACCUCGUAAUGCCUUUGAUGCCUUUCGUCGUUUUUAUCUGGGUAAACACAGUGGUCGUCAGUUGACAUUACAACCACAAUUAGGUUCGGCUGAUUUGAAUGCCACUUUUUACGGGCCUCGAAGAGAGGAAAAUAUGCCAGAAUGUUCAUCAACUUCUCCAGGGUUCGGAAACAACGGUAACGGUCAGCGCAGCAGUGGAACCAUCACCACCCGAAAACACAUCAUUCAAGUUUCGACGUAUCAGAUGUGUGUUCUUAUGCUCUUCAAUAAUAGGGAAAAAUUAACAUACGAAGAGAUACAGAAUGAAACGGAUAUCCCUGAAAGAGAUUUAAUAAGAGCACUGCAGUCCUUGGCCAUGGGUAAAGCAACACAACGAGUGUUGUUAAAAUACCCCCGAACAAAAGAAAUCGAACCGUCUCAUUCUUUCUGUGUAAAUGAUAAUUUCAGCAGCAAACUCCAUAGAGUAAAAAUUCAGACUGUGGCAGCAAAAGGCGAAUGUGAACCUGAGCGGAAGGAAACCAGAAGCAAAGUUGACGAAGACAGAAAGCAUGAAAUUGAGGCUGCAAUAGUUCGUAUAAUGAAGGCUCGUAAACGAAUGGCACACAACAUACUCGUAACUGAAGUAACAGAUCAGUUAAGAGCGAGAUUUUUACCUUCACCAGUUAUUAUCAAAAAGCGCUUAGAAAAUUUAAUUGAACGAGAAUAUUUAGCCCGUACGCCAGAAGACAGAAAAGUCUAUACGUACGUCGCUUAAUCCCAUUGAAAGGGAUUUGUACAAACAUUGUAUUUUUUUCAGAAACUACCGGGUUUGGAUCUUAGUAACCCAAAUCUUCAUGAAGCGUUAUCAUAAGUUUAAGAAAGAAAAAAAAACACUGUCAGAAAAAUUGAUUAUAAUAAUGAAUUUAAAUUAUUCGAAUCUUGACAAAUGUAUACUUUUGACCAUCCUUGUUCAUUCCUUUUGCUGAUCGCAAUUUAAUUGACUCACAAUAUCGAUGCAUUCAAUAGAAAUAGUGUAGGACCUUGUAAAAUAGUUUUGAUUAAAUUUUUUGUAUAAGAAAAACUUAGGCGAUGAUUUGGUCCAUUCUAUUUGAUUCUCAACACAAAAAGCGUAGCCGUUAUAUUUCUUGAACAAUGCCACAAUUAUUUUUUACUUUUGUAAUAAUUAAAUCAAUUGUAAAAAGUACUUCCUCGAACAAAGAAAGAACACAUGAAAAUAUUGUCUAUUUAAAGUUUAUUCAAAGCCAUUUUCAGUAAUGUAAUGGAUUUUCUAACAUUAACAAAAAAAUACGAAAGAAAUUGUCAGUGAAAGAAAAGAGAAAAGGAUAAAUUUUAUCAAGCGUUAACCCUACAUGCGAAAAUUAAGCGCAGCAGAGUAUUUUAUUUUCAAAAUAUCCGUCUGGUUUUGUUUACUGCAGCUGUCCGAUUGAUGCGAACAUAGAUAGAAACUCUGAUGUAAUUCGUGAGGCUUGCAUUCUGCUAGCUGGAAAAAAGGAAGAGACGAGAGUAGUUCACCGAAUCAAAAACUGUGCGACUUUUAUAAAAACAGAAAAAGAUUAUCUAAGAAAA